AUGUUAAGACCUCGAAUUAUUCCUUGUUUAUUAAUUCAAGACGGCGGGUUGGUUAAAACAGUACGCUUUAAGGACUCCAAGUAUGUGGGGGACCCGAUCAAUGCGGUGAAGAUUUUCAACGAGAAAGAGGCUGAUGAACUAAUCGUCUUGGAUAUCGACGCUACAGUUACUGACCGUGAACCUAAUUAUAAACAAAUAGCUAUUUUGGCCGCAGAAUGCCGAAUGCCACUUUGUUACGGUGGCGGCAUAAGCACGGUGGGUCAGGCCCAGAAAAUAAUUGCAUCCGGCGUAGAAAAAGUGGCCAUUAGUUCUGCCGCUUUGGGAAAUCCGCAGUUGGUGACUCAAAUAGCGAAUGAGAUUGGUCGCCAAAGUGUAGUUGUAGUGCUAGAUCACAAAAAGCGUCUGCUCAGCAAGCAACAUGAUGUCUGGACGCAUAAUGGCAAGGUCAAUACAAAACGUAAUGUACUCGAUGUGGCCAAAGAGAUGGAGGCGCUGGGUGCAGGAGAAGUUGUCAUUAACUCUAUCGAUAACGACGGUCGCAUGAAAGGUUACGAUCUCGAGCUAUUACUGCAGUUGCGCAAGGCUGUAAAUACUCCUGUGACGAUCCUUGGCGGCGCGGGGUCCUUAGAGGAUAUGAGGGCUGUGAUAUCGAGUUGUGGCGUGGUCGGGGUUGCGGCCGGUAGUUUUUUUGUUUUUAAAGGGCCUUAUCGAGCAGUGCUCAUUAGCUAUCCCGAUAUCACUCAAAAAGAGAAGUUUAUUUUCUCGGCAUUACAUUCUACACAUUGAUUUAUUUAUCGCAGUAGAAGAUUGAUUCUUUACACAAGACUCUUCCACUGCGAUUAGGGUUAUAGCGGGUCUGUUCCAGAAAUCGAUACAGCUACUAUAGCGCCGUGGUCAUCUGAGAGAUAUUUAGUAAAGGUCUUUCCGAAUCCCCAGGUUCCCACCGAGGUACUGACUUUCAUGCUGACAAUGCAUUUCGGCAUAUGUGUAGGCAUGAAGUACUUUUUCUUAUAGCUUUCCUUAGUGAAUCUCUCGUAAAGCACUUUGACGUCGUCGGCUGGAUCCGUUGA